CACAAAAUUUGCGUCACUGGUCACGCUCACCUCCGCCGUUGCCGUCGCACCGGAGAAUCAGGAAAACAAUACAUUUCCGUGGAGUUUAUUCGAGUUUAAUAUGACGACAUGAACAUAAAGCCUUCUUGUUAAGCGUGAGGAUAUUUUAAGGAUUUUUUUGCCUUAACAGUGGGGAAAUGAAGCCUCUCAGAGACGCUCAGCUGGGCGCAUUCACGUUCUUUGCCUCAGCUCUGCCUCAUGACGUCUGUGGUAGCAAUGGCCUCCCUCUCACGCCCAAUUCCAUCAAAAUCCUGGGGCGUUUCCAGAUCCUCAAGACCAUCACUCACCCCAGACUCUGCCAGUAUGUGGACAUCUCCAGAGGGAAACAUGAACGGCUGAUUGUUGUUGCAGAGCACUAUUCAAGAAAUGUAGGGGAUUUCAGACAAGGACAAACGGCGAGUCCAGAGAAGGUGUUGCAGAUAGCCUACGAGGUUCUUGAAGGUCUGGAGUUCAUGAACAAACACGGCUUGGUGCACAGAGCCCUCAGCCCAAACACCGUGCUCAUGGAUUGCAAGGGAAAUGUCAAACUAGCAAAGUUUGGCCUUUACCACAUGACUGAUCAUGGGGCGGAUGUUGAUUUUCCUAUUGGCCACCCAUCAUACCUUGCUCCAGAGGUGAUUGCCCUGGGCUCCUUCCACUCCAGUGAUCCGUCACACAAUGAAGCUCCACUGCCCUCAGGACCUAAGACAGAUGUUUGGUCACUUGGAAUCUUGCUCUUUGAACUCUGUGCUGGAAGAAGAGUCUUGCAGAACAUUGAAAUAAGUGACAAACUAAAAUUUAUUUUAACUUUGGGUUGCAUGGAUGACAUUGUCACUGUCCUUGCUGAGGAACAUGGAUGUUUGGAAGUCAUUAAGGAGCUGCCUGAGAAUGUUGUUGAAUUGUUAAGGAAGUGUUUGACCUUUCUUCCAUCUAAAAGGCCAACCCCUGCAGAGCUGCUUGGAGACCCUGUUUUUGAUAGCAUUUCCUGCAACUAUACACCUUUUCAAAAGCCUGUCAGUCUGUUCUCAUCUUCCCUGCGCUGUGCACACCUGGAGCUCCCAGAUGACAUCAGUGAUCUUUGCAAAGAUGAUGAUGAAGACUACAUGUCAGAGCGUGGCAUAGAUGAGGUUUACCAUCUGUGGUGCCUUGCGGGUGGAGACCUGGAGAAGGAGCUUACCAACCAGGAGAUCAUCCAGUCUAAACCUCCAGUCUGCACAUUGCCCAAGUUUGUUUUGGAGGACGGGGAGUCAUUUGGCCAAGGGAGAGAUCGAAGCUUCCUGCUUGAUGACACCACAGUGACACUGUCUCUGUGCCAACUCAGAAAUAGACUGAAGGAUGUAGCUGGAGAAGCAUAUUACCCUCUACUGGAAGACGAACAGUCGAGUUUGCCGCAGUCUAACAGCAGCAAUGAGCUGUCGGCCACUGUCACGCUGCCACUCAUCAUCCGCGAGAGAGACACGGAGUACCAGCUCAUCCGCAUCAUCCUAUUUGACAGGCUGCUCAAGGGCUAUCCAUACAAGAAGAACCUUGUGUGGAAAGAGGCCAGAGUGGAUAUUCCUCCUCUGGUUAGAGGACUAGCUUGGGCUGCUUUGUUGGGCAUUGAGGGUGACAUUCAAGCUAAGUAUGACAGCAUUGACAAGGAUACUCCCAUACCAACUGACAGGCAGAUCGAGGUAGACAUCCCCCGUUGCCACCAAUACGAUGAGCUGCUGUCGUCGCCUCAGGGUCACAUCAAGUUUAGGCGUGUGUUAAAAGCCUGGGUGGUCUCUCACCCUGACCUGGUCUACUGGCAGGGUUUGGAUUCACUUUGUGCUCCAUUCCUAUAUUUGAAUUUCAAUAACGAAGCUUUAGCAUAUGCUUGCAUGUCUGCCUUCAUCCCGAAGUACCUGUACAAUUUUUUCCUGAAGGACAACUCUCAUGUCAUCCAAGAGUACUUGACUGUUUUCUCUCAGAUGAUUGCCUUUCAUGACCCAGAGCUAAGCAACCAUCUAAAUGAGAUUGGCUUCAUUCCAGAUCUUUAUGCUAUUCCCUGGUUCCUCACAAUGUUUACACACGUGUUUCCUCUGCACAAAAUCUUCCACCUGUGGGACACAUUGCUGCUGGGAAGCUCCUCGUUCCCCUUUUGUAUCGGUGUUGCCAUACUGCAGCAGCUCAGGGACCGUCUGUUGGCUAAUGGCUUCAAUGAAUGCAUCCUACUCUUCUCUGAUUUGCCAGAAAUUGACAUUGAGCGCUGUGUUCGUGAAUCUAUCAACCUCUUCUGCUGGACUCCAAAGAGCGCUACCUACCGACAGUAUGCUCAGCCAAUGAAAGCUGGUGGGGAAGGCAUAUUUGGGAGAACCGCAACGUAUUUCUCAUCCGAAUACCAAGACAUGUCCAAGACGGACCUGUCACGAGAGCCCCUAGCACUGUGUGACCUGAAAGCUGAAGCGUCUCCCAGAAUCUCGGCCGAGGAUUUAAUCGACCUCUGUGAACUCUCGCUUGCUGGACCACCCAAAAGAAAUAAAAGUGGCAAGCCGAAAAUUGUUGCUGUCGACAUCCGCAAUGUGGAAGACUUUGGUAGGGGACACAUUUCUGGCAGCAUCAACAUUCCCUUUAACAGCGCGUUCGGUCCUGAUGGUGAACUUGUGCAGUGUCCUGCUACAGGAGUCCUCCAGAACUACAGAGGGCGUGUCAUCGUGAUCGUAAGCCACGCUGUAAAGAGUGCAGCUUUGUUUGCUGCACAUCUGGUGAAGGUGAAUUUUUCUCGAGUUUGUAUUCUGGACGGAGGGAUCAGCAAGCUGAAGCCCACAGGACUCCUCACUGUCCCCUCCCCUCAGAUCUGAACCCAUAACCCACCCUCACUGAACAACACAAACAUCAGGACUUUCUAGAUGAAAUUAAGAAAAGAAUUUUAGUGAACAAAAGUUAUGUCUUACAUUGUUACUAAAUGUCAUUUACUGGACUAUUGAUGAACCGUCUGAUGUUUUGUUUGUAGUAAAUGUUUGUGUGUUAUUUUCAUUCCAAAGUUGACGUAUGGCCAGUAUGUAUGUUUGUGAUUCAAUAAAGUUGUUAAUUAACUGAUUAACUAAAACUUAAAAAAAAAAAUAAAUACAUCUAUUAUUACUCACAUU